AUGAGGACUAUCAAGGGAGUAGGCGUGCCGUCAAUGCGCCUGGUUCUAUCCUACAUUUUCGACUGGAUCGUCAUCAUUGGAAUCGCUGCCAUCGCUGCGGGUUGGGAGUUUGUUGAACCCUUCCGACGACCCUUUUCCCCCGUCGACCUCAGCAUAUCAUACCCAUACCAGAAGAGCGAGAUGAUUCCAACAUGGCUCCUCGUUGUGUGCUCGCUCAUUGCACCUGCCGCGAUUAUCAUGAUUGUGUGCCUAGUCUUUGUUCCUGGACCCACGGCCUCGCGUGGAACCCCCAAGUCGCUCAUCUGGAGGAGGAAAUUGUGGGAGUGGCAUACUGGCUGGAUGGGACUUGCCCUCUCGCUGGCUACUGCCUUUAUGAUCACACAGGGCAUGAAGAACUUGUUCGGAAAACCGCGACCUGACCUCUUGUCGAGAUGCAAGCCAAACCUCGACCUCAUCCAAGACUAUGCCGUCAAUCGUAUUGGACAAGUCUUUGACCCUUCGUGGGUGCUUGUUACCUCUGGUAUCUGCACUCAAACCGACAAUGCCCUCCUAAAAGAUGGUUUCAAGUCCUUUCCCAGCGGUCAUUCCAGCUUCUCAUGGGCAGGUCUACUUUACCUCACCCUGUUCCUCGCCUCAAAGUUCUCAGUCACAGUCCCGCAUCUUUCACCCCGCCCGUACUCGACGAACCCAGCCCACACUUCGGCUAUCUCGCCAUCCAACCUUAAGAAGCAAUCUGUCCUCCCCCUCCACAAACAGGAGUCCGUCCUCUCAGCCAACACCGACGAAAGCGUAGUACCCAUCCGCUACCAAAACGCCGCACCGCCCGUCUACACUCUAGUCUUUGUUCUAGUCCCAGUAUGCGCCGCCAUCUACAUUACCAGCACGCGUUUCACAGACUUUCGACACUUUGGCUUCGAUAUGUUGUUCGGCACGCUAAUCGGCAUUACUUGUGCGUGGUUCUCGUUCCGAUGGUACCAUCUACCCAUCACACGGGGCGCAGGUUGGGCCUGGGGUCCGAGAAGUUACGACAGGGCGUGGGGGAUCGGCGUUGGCCGAGGCUCGUAUGUCGGCACCGAGGGAUGGAGUAAGACGGGUGUCAGUGAGACGGCGCCGAGGAGAGGAGACGCUCAGGCGAACGGACACAGCGUGGACGAUAGCGAGUUGGGCGUCCUGAAUAGGAACGGGGCGCCACAUGCAGGAACUGCAUAA